AUGUAUAUGGCUGAUGAUAUGGUAUAUGUGAAUGAUAACUCGUCCGGCAGUCAAGAGCGUUUAGCAGCACAGUGGCGCUUAUCUGCCCAAAUAUCGCCCCGGGAGCUUCAUAAACAGACGGGCGAGCGCAUGGAAGCUCGGAAAGCUCACUUGCAGGAAGCUUGCUCCCGUUUGGGGUUAGACGUGCCAGGAAACGAUACCCUACACAGGCCAAACCCUUGGGAGUUUCUAGUCAAUCGCGAGCAUCACAUUGUUUGGUGCAAUGUUUUCAAGGCGGCCAGCACAUCUUGGAUGUACAAUUUCAACCUGCUAGCAGGCUAUUCGAAGCAGUACUUGCGCCGUUCAAAUACUGUUCCUUUGACACUUGCUCGAAGGAGGUAUCCCAGGCCCAGUUUACAACAAUUGCAACAAGCUCUGGAUGACAGUAUCAGUUUUUUGGUAGUCAGACAUCCUUUGGAGAGGUUACUAAGUGCAUAUAGAGAUAAAAUGCAAUUUGCUUUACCGCAUACUUUGCAUCAGAAAUUGGGAGCAAGGAUCAUAGUAAAAUACCGCAAACCCAAGGUAAGCACCAAAUGUUCUGGACCACGUUGGCCAACGUUUUCCGAAUUUACAAAUUAUUUGGUAGAUGAAAGAAAAGCGAGAAGACCUUUAGAUAUGCAUUGGACACCAAUUACAGAAUUCUGUACACCAUGUCAACUUAGAUUCGAUGUGAUAGCAAAGGUAGAAACUCUUAAGGACGAUCAACAAUACCUUAUAGAAGAGGCUCACCUUCAAAAACUAAUAACGCCUCAAUGGAAAAAUUCGGGUAAAGGCAAAACCACUACACAAUUAGUAGCUGAAUAUUACAGCCAAUUAACUAAAAAACAAAUAAUGCAAUUAUAUGAUAUUUAUAGGUAUGAUUUUGAACUAUUUAAUUAUACGUUGACAGGAUAUAUAGAACACGCAAUUUCUGAACCUCAAACUGAGUUGCAGAUCACUUAA